GAACCGUCUGUCAAACUAGGCCAAGCGAGCGCUCGGACAGCCAUCAGGAUGCACUAUCCCCAGCUUUUUUCCACACCUCGAGCCUGGACCCUCGGUCACCAUCCCGCUUUCUGUCGUGAGUCUGUGUCAAGAGGGUCAGAGUAGCAUCAGACUAGCAUCCAAGGGGCGAACUGUUGGGACCUUAGUCCCGUCCUCUGUCUCGCCCCACGAGGCAUAUCUGUCUUAUACCCCCCGUCUCGCACAUCAUGCUUCCCUAGUAGCUACAUAGUUCAGAUCUUAUAUUGUAGAAUGUGCACUGCAACUCUACCCUAGUGAGUGCCAUGUGAGAUGGCCGCCCAGCUCCCAUCCGAGGCCAUUGGCUCCGCCGUUGGUAUUCUCAUCUACAGUUUGUUUUGUCUGUUUCUGAGCCUGCUUCUACUAUGGCUGGUGUGGGUUCACCAUGAGCGAAGAAGCUAUGUGGCUAUGCUCUCAUUCUCCAUGUCCUUGGGCACACUGGCAUCCAUCAUCCAACAAAUCCACACAAUAGCCUACUGGAACGACGUCAAGACAUCGCAGUACGAAAACGUGGUAGCCAAUGCUGGAAGGCCCGAGUUAAACGUCACCGGCGCUUCUACAGGCUUCGACCUCGUCCUCUUUUACAUACAGUACUACUCCUACAAUGUGGAUGCCAUGCUGGUGGUUUUCUGGUCCGUCGAAUUGGCAAACUCGAUCCUCCAGCUUCGAAAUUCCAGACUCAACCGCCUCAGGGGAAGUUUGUGGGCAAAGGCGAGCGCCAUUAUUCUGCCCAUCAUCCAGGUGUGCCUGCUCAGAACCAAUGUUGUUCAAGGCAGUGUCUUUGGCUUCAUGGUCCUGGCCGACUUUAUCAUGGUCAUAAGCUUUGGUAUCGGCAGCUUGCUUCUGUUUGCUAUUCUUAUCAAGUACAUCCACUCCAGGGCCGCCCUGGUGUCCUGGAAAGUUCGCUAUGGCCAAAAUUCGUCAAAGACUACCAACCCAUACUCGGGCAGUGGGAACGUGCCGUCGGGUCACAGGCCUAGUGCUCUACCGCGCAGAAACAUCUACGACAGCUGGCUUGCUGUUCGCUUCACUGUCGCCUUUGUGGCACUAGGACUCUUCGAACUAGUCGUCAUCUUCUUCCAACUCCGCGCCGCCAACACCAACACCAAAGCCAACAUCCCGCCCCACCCCGACCUCAGCGCCGCCCGCGCCCGCGGCGACUUUGCCCUCUUCUGCCCCGGCGUCUCCGCCAGUCUUUUGAUUUUCAUCGUCUUCGGCACCACCCGCACCUUCCGCGAGUACGUCUGGACCCGAUUUGCGCCGCAACUGCUCCAGGACCGAGUCGCAGCACGCAAGGCCCUCAAGAAGCAGAAAACCCCACCAAACCAAGGCCAAGGGGAGACCAUGGCGCCACCGGUGAUUUUAUCCACUUUCCAAAUCGGCGUCAGGAGAAAUAGCAGCCAUCACAACAGCCCUGGCGCGGCAAACUCUGCUGCUGCUGCUGGUGGUGCUGCUUAUGAUGACAACGACGACUUAUAUAAAGGGGUGCAAACACUGACGACCAUUAACGGCCACAAGUAUCGGACGGGGCCGUAUACUCCUUAUAUACGUAGCACGACGCCGAGUCCCUGUCCCUCGCCUAGUCCUAGUCCGGGGCCUGGUAGUGAGGUGGAUCUGGAGAUGGGGAUUGGGAAUGGCGGGCAAUAUGGAGGAGGUCACGGCGGGAGCUAUGAUGAGGGAAGCAGCGGCGGCGGCGGCGGGAAACAACAACAACAACAACAACAACAACAAUACUUGCAGACGGGAACGACAUCCUUUGGGGUGGUGGGUAGGAGUACAAGUAGGACGGAUGAUGAUGACGUUCCGAUUUUGAAGAAGGCGAUGCCUGCUUUUCAGAGAGGCAGCCAUCGAUAGCAUUUUUUUUAUUUUUUUUCUGGUCUUAUAUAGGAAGAUACCCCCAAACAAGAAGAACUUGGUUUCAGUCAAGGUUGUUUCAGGCAGGCUUAGAUAUCAUGUCAUGCAUUUUGGUCUUUCUUUGGAACCGGUCGGUACAAAUUAUAUCAGUGUCAGUAACGAUGAUACAUUCACAUGUCAAUACACUGCAUAUCCGUAUACUCCUCGUCGCUCAGGAUGUCGUAACCCGUUUUACUCUCUCCU